CCCCUUCAAUUAUCCUCCUGUAUGAAGUUAGAAACUUUUUACUUAUUCAUCGAUUAGAAAUUAAGGAAUUGUGGGGGCAGAGUUUGGAAGUCAAGCGAGUUACAAUUAGGUUGGAGUUUUCUUUCUUUUAAUGAUUGUGUUAGGAAAGAUGUUAUACAGAUGGGAGAGCAAGUUUCCAAGCAAGCUACUAUUGGCCUAACUCUAUGUCUGCUUGGGAAUUCACAUUGAUAUUCUUACAGAAAUAGUGUUCUGAAGUACCUUGAUAAAAAUGUUGGAAUGCUUUGGAAUGGGGAAGCACCAGAUGCUAGAGCCCUCAAGGAGAACAUGACGACGUAUUUUAAUUUGCUACAAGGUUUCCUUUUGCUUUCACAUGGAAGUAUGGUUGGUGCAGGGCCUACACUUUCUUCCAGUGUCCUUGCCUCUGCUAAGCAAGUUGUUGAUUGCAGUUUUAAGUUGAUGCAUGGUUCUGUUUCUCUAUAUGAGGGAACUUAUGUCGACAACCGAAAACCAUCAAUGCCACAGCUCGCUGGUGCAGUUUGGGAAGCAUGCUCUGCUCUAAAGAAGGCUCCUGCCACAAAUAUCACAGCAAUUGGUCGAGCAAUAACACAGGUUGCAGUUUCUGUAAAGGAUGUUCUUCGGGAGAUGAAGGAACUUAAACCAGCUUCUCUUCAACACACAGACGCAGCUUGUGAAAGUAGCUCUGCUGAAGCAGAAAGAGUGCCCUUUGAUGAGGAUAACUCAAGUGACAGUGAUUUUCUAGAUGUCAGCUUAUCACCCGAAGAAAUGGAAGUUGCAAAAUUGGCAAUUAACAUCGUGUCAGAGACACUUAUAGUCAUUAAAGAACUUAUCCGCACCAUCACAGGUUUGGUUAAACUGGAAAAUCGUGAUGAAAAUUCUAAAUUUGUAGACUCUCUGGAGAAAUUAUUGAAGCUUUGUCGAGGAAUUGAAGUACAGAUGGAGGAGCUUGGAGCCUCACUUUAUCCACCACAAGAAGUUACUGGCAUGAAGGAGACUUUGGAGAAAGUAGCAAGCCAUGUUAACGAAAUACAGGAGGAGGUAGAAAGUUUCAAAAGCCCUUCGGAGGCUUUUGUUCAGGCAUGCAAUUCGUUGAGGAGUUCUUUAAAACAAAUGGAGUCUGGACUAGGUUGCUUUGAUGCAGCUGAUUUAGCUGUGAAAAUGCAGAAUGUUGAUGUAAGAAAUUAAGGGUACUCGAACUUGCCCUUGCUCACUUGUAUUUUAUUAAUCUUGCAGAAUUUAGUGAAAACAGUAAUGUGUUUUAGCAAUGUAUUCACUUUUUUAUUUCAGUACAAGAAGGCCACCGGACAAGUUAGAAUUAUGAAUUUUUCAUCAAUCUACCAUGA